AUGUCUAAUUUUGUUUCAUCGCCUGCUGGUAUACCAUCAGAUGCUGCUCAAUUGCUUAAUUCACAAGUAUCCUCAUCAUACGGCAGAGAUGUUUCCACACCUGCUCCAGCAACAACAACUGGUCCCAUCAUGUUUUCAGACAAUGGUUCUACAAUAUUAGGACUGCAACUGCAACUGCAGCUGCAACACCACCAUCAACAACUGCAACUGCAACAACUGCAGAUAAAUUCCCAACAAAGACCAAUCGUCGCCGGUAGAAGAAGACAAAAUGCUGCCCCUAAAGUAGUUGAUGUUACUGGUGAAAAAGUUCGUGAAAGUUUUGAAAAUUUUAUUGAAGAAUUUGUUGAUCCGGAGCAACUGGAUAAUGGAUGGGAGGGGAAGAUAUACUUGGCACAAAUUGAAUCCAUGAAGACAUUUGAAUAUAGUACGUUGUACAUUAACUACCAAGAUUUAAUGUCCAGAGAAAAUGGGGUUUUAGCUACUGCUAUAUCGGAACAAUAUUAUCGGUUCUACCCGUUUUUGCUCAAUGGGUUGAAAAGACUUUUGAAAAAAUAUGCCCCUCAAUUACUUCAUACUAAUUUAUUGGGUCAAGUUGAAAAUGACGAACCAGAAAGUGAAAACAGUUUAUCUACAACUAGUGCCGCUUCAAAUGAACGUGUUUUCCAACUUUCAUUUUUCAAUUUACCAACAGUUCAAAGAAUUAGAGAUGUUCGUUCAAACAAGAUUGGGUCGUUGAUGACAAUUACUGGUACUGUCACCAGAACUUCUGAAGUUAGACCUGAAUUGUAUAUGGGAAGCUUUACUUGUGACAUGUGCUCGGCAUUGAUUGAAGGUGUUGAACAGAUUUUCAAAUACACUGAGCCAACUUCAUGUCCUUCAUGUGAAAACCAAUCGUACUUCACCUUGAAUGUGUCCAAAUCGUUGUUUAUCGACUGGCAAAGGGUUCGUAUACAAGAGAAUGCUAAUGAAAUCCCCACCGGAUCAAUGCCAAGAACAUUGGAUGUGAUUUUAAGAGGCGAGGCAGUAGAAAGAGCCAAGCCGGGUGACAAAUGUAAAUUCACCGGUUGCGAAAUUGUCAUACCUGAUGUAUCACAGUUGGGUUUACCUGGUGUCAAACCUCAAUCCAUCAAGGAAAACAAAGGGGGAUCAGAGUUGAAUUCAGGUGUUUCAGGAUUGAAAACACUUGGUGUUAGAGAUUUAACAUAUAAGUUGGCAUUCAAUGCUUGCCAUGUUUGCUCAAUGAUUAACAAAAUUGGUAAUGAGCGGGAUGAGGAUAAUGAUAACUCCGAUGCCUACCUUCUCUCUUUACCACAAUCUGAAGUUGAUGAGUUGAAAGAGAUGGUUAAAGAUGAAUACAUUUAUGACAAAUUAGUUCAAUCGGUUGCUCCAGCUGUGUUUGGGCAUGAUACCGUCAAAAAAGGAAUCUUGUUACAACUACUUUCUGGUGUUCACAAACAAACAGUUGACGGAAUCAAUUUGAGAGGUGAUAUCAAUAUUUGCAUUGUUGGAGAUCCAUCUACUUCUAAAUCGCAAUUCUUGAAAUAUGUUUGUGGGUUUAGUCCUCGUGCCGUUUACACCUCGGGUAAAGCAUCUUCAGCCGCUGGUUUGACUGCGGCAGUGGUGAGAGAUGAGGAAAGCGGUGAAUACACCAUCGAGGCAGGUGCGUUGAUGUUGGCCGAUAAUGGAAUCUGUGCCAUUGAUGAAUUUGACAAGAUGGAUGUUGUUGACCAAGUGGCAAUUCAUGAAGCUAUGGAACAACAAACCAUCUCAAUUGCCAAGGCAGGUAUUCAUGCGACUUUAAAUGCACGUACUUCAAUCUUGGCUGCAGCAAACCCCAUUGGUGGUAGGUAUAAUCGAAAAAUUGGUCUUCGGUCAAACUUGAACAUGACGGCGCCCAUCAUGUCAAGAUUUGAUUUGUUUUUUGUCAUUUUGGAUGACUGUAAUGAACGUGUUGAUACUCAAUUGGCCUCACAUAUAGUUGACUUGCAUAUGCUCAGAGAUGAAGCUAUUGAUCCACCUUAUUCAGCCGAACAAUUGUCCAGAUAUAUCAAAUAUGCCAAAACAUUCAACCCCAAAAUGACCAAACAAGCAAGAGACUUCCUUGUUACUAGGUAUAAAGAAUUACGUGACGAUGAUGCUCAAGGUUUGGGUCGUUCUUCCUAUCGUAUCACUGUUCGUCAAUUGGAGUCAAUGAUUAGACUAAGUGAAGCUAUUGCUAGGGCCAACUGUACUGAGGAAAUCACGCCUGAUUUUGUAGCUGAAGCUUAUGAUUUGUUAAAACAAUCAAUCAUUAGAGUUGAAAUGGAUGAUAUUGAAAUGGAAGCCGAUGAUAUUGAACAGCAAGAAGAGGGACAAGAAGAGAAUGCGGAUAUGGAUGAAGAUGCCAGUGGAAACGCUCUGAGUGAUGCUGCAAGAUCAACAACUACUAGAACUGAACCAACAACGAUAUCAUAUGAUAAAUAUGUCUCGGUGAUGAACUUGUUAGUCAAGAAAAUAUCCGAGGAUGAUAAAGCGGGAGGCGAAGGCUUGACAGCUGACGAAUUAGUCGAAUGGUACUUGUUACAAAAAGAAGAUGAUUUAUCGAGCGAGGCUGAUUACUUACAACAACGUAAAAUUGCCUACAAGGUUUUGAAACGAUUGGUUAAAGAUAGAAUCUUGAUGAGUGUGUCUCAUAAUGAAAAUGAGGGCAAUGAUGGUGAUGAUGGUGAUGAGUCGAUGCCUGAUCCAACUUCGUCUGGAGUAAGGACGGUUUAUAUCAUUCAUCCAAAUUGUGCCAUUCUCGAUUUCUUUGAAAGAGAAGAAAGGGAAAGUGAACAAUCUACGUAA